GACGGCACACUCGUGGCACGUGCGGGUCUCCAAUUGAUAAAAACCCAAUCCGAACCGUUCAACGGAAUCCCUGCCAUCCGCGUCGUCAUCCUCCUCCUCCUCAUCAUCAUCGUCUCCGCAUUUUCUCUCUCUAAAACAAAACCAACCACAACAGUGAAAACGACGCAGGAGAAUAACACCAGAUUCCCGGUGCUUAAUUCCAUGGAAGAAUUCUCGUGUGUGUAGGCUUAGCUAGCUAGCUAGUGCAGAGAGAGAGAGGGAUGGGGAAGUGUAAGGGAAUUGGCGGAGAGACUGCGGUGACGAAGAUGGCUCAUGUCGGCGUCAGGACAAGAGCUCGAGUUUUGGCUGCGGCGGCGAGAACCAGCGCUGCCAGGAGGAGAAAGGUCGGCGGUAGUGGAGAAUUGAACUUCUCUUCCCCUCUCAUUCAGCUGAGAAGUCGAGGCCGAGUGGUGGUUACCCCUCAGAAAACGUCGGUGUCGCCGGCGGCCUCGGGAAAUUCUCGACGGCAGACGAUUUCCAACAGCCACUGCUCGAGCGCUGGCUCGGAUGGUCUUCCACAUUCGUGUUGCUCCAGUAGUGCGUCAAGCGACGUCGCGAAUAACAUGUUUAAUGUAGUAGAUCUGGAGGAAGAAAAUGUUCCAAUUCAAACAUCGACGUGUAGUUUCAACUCCGACGAGAGGAGAGAAACAACGGCUUCGAGCGAGGUUCAAGUCGAAUCAGGCGACCUGGAGUCAACAGCUAGGCCAUCGGAGGCUAAUUCUCGCCGCAGAUCGUCGGCGGCGAAGAUGCCUUCCGAAAUCGAACUUGAAGAAUUCUUUGCUGCUGCAGAAAAAGACCUCCAGAAAAGAUUUAGAGAGAAGUAUAACUAUGACAUUGCGAAGGACGUGCCGUUGGAAGGUCGUUACGAGUGGGUUCGGCUAAAACCAUGAGAAGAGAGAAGCACAAAGGGUAUUGAAGAAGGCCUCAACCUCAAUUGGCUUCUUCUCUCGAAUGAAAAUCUUCUAGUAGCUAGACUACUACUGCUUGCUACUCGAUCCCACUUAAAGUAAAUCUUCAAGCUGUUUUUCUGUAGGUCGUCGUUUGUUUUUCGGGUAAUUAAUGUACAGAGAUGUCUCUCUCUUUUUCCGGAAGAAGAAGCUCUCUGUUGGCUCUCGUUCCGAUGAGUAUGCGGAGAAGUUUCUGCAAAAUCCAAAUAAUUAAGAAGUCCAGUUAAUUAGUCUUCAUCCCCAAAAAAUUCCAUGGCUGCAUCUUUGUUCUUCCUCUUGUACGAAUCCCAAAUGCAUCACAUGAGUCAGCUAUUUUAGCUUUUUGUUUCGCAGUUAAUUAUAUAUAUAUAUU